GGCGCCUGCGGGAAACGAAACCGUGCUAUGGCUGCCGCUAUCGACUUUGAGCGGCUGCAGGCGGAGGUGGAACUGAGCUGCAGUUGCUGCCUGAACUACUUCACAGACCCCACGCGGAUCACACGCUGCGCCCACAGCUUCUGUUGGUCCUGCAUCACCAAGUACAGCAAAGGCAGGCAGCGUGCCCUCUGCCCACUCUGCAGGGAGGGCUUUGAGUUGAAGGACCUGCGGCCCAACCAGGAGCCAGCUGCUCUGGUGAACUUAAUCCCCAAAGAGGUGAAGGAAGAAGACUUGGAGACCUGGGAUGAACCCACAUCCUCCGGAGAUGGUGCGUGUGGCAGCCAGAGCUCUGCAGGGCAGGGACCUGGGGAGAAGGAGGAACAGAUACGUAACAUCUCCAAGCAACUGGAAAUGACUGAAGAGGCGGUCAACAUCUUGAGAAGGGAUCUCAGUGAAACAAAGGAAUAUACAUCUCAGAUCAAAAGCCGUAUUGCUAAAGAUUUCUGUUGCAUGAAGGAAUACAUUGAAAGACGAGAAAAAUACACUGGUGUUCAUUGAACAGGAGGGAAAAGCAGCUCAACAGAAGACUGAGGAGACUAUUCACCAACUCUGUGAUGAAAUGAACAAGCUCACAGAUAACAAAGCCCAAAUUGAGAAGGGGCUGGGAAGUGAUGAAAUGAAAUGGCAGAAUUACAAUGUCCAGACUUACAUCAGGAGACAAGUGUCUGCUCAUUAUUUCCAGAAUCUGCAGCUAAAGAUCGGUGAUUUCAAGCCAGCUUUCUCAGUGUAAGUAUGCAAGCCAGCGUGGCUCUUCAAGAAUAUUAAAUAAUACUUAAUAACAGCAGUUGGAGAUCUGGCUGUUUAACUAAGUCAUAGAAACAGAAUAAACUUAGAAUCAUUACUGCUGCAUAAUGUCAUACUAUACUUCACUGUAUGUAGAAGACCAAAACAGUAAGAAACCUUUUUCAUGGAGGUAUAUAGGCCAUGUGAAGCUUCCGUUGGCUGCAGAUUCUGUUUUGGUGUAUGGGCAGUUAUUGCACCUGACUGAUAUUUACUGCGUUAAGCCAUGACUCUAUUUGUUGCCUGAAUUCUGCGUCAUUUUUACAGAAAUAUUUUUAGAGUCAACACAGAGUACUAAAGCUGUAGCUUAAACACAGAAUAAAUAUAUUUGCUGGUAAAACAUGGAAGAACACGUCCCACUGAACAUAUGAUUUUGUAAGUUUGUUAAGGUGAGCGUCGCAUGUUAUAUUGGUAAAUGGGUAAUUGUGUUAUAUGACUAGUAGGGAAUCAGACCCAAUCUGCAGGUUGCCAAGUGCCUUUACUUUCCUUUGGAGUGUAUGAGUCUGUCACAGAUAUUUACUCAGUUGUGCCUGUUAAAUUUUUCAGUGUGUACAGACCUCAGGACACAGUCAGUAGUGUCUGGUUGAGGAUUCUCGUUGAUUUGCAGCAUUUGGACAUAGAUUAAGGUUUAUUGUGCGAUCGUUGACUUUCAUUUCCAUUCUUGUGUAAGAAAAACUCCAUCAAAAGCUGGAGUUUUCCUGGAGCUACAAAAGAAGACUAUGACCCCUGAUUUCCCAACCGUAACUCGUGCUGGAGCGCCCAGGAGCAGCAAUUUGUUACAUUUUGUUCAGAAAUUACCACACAAUUAGAAAGCAAGCGUUUCACAUCACUUCUGAUGCGUUUCUACGCACCGGAGUAGUCGUGUGUGUGUGUGUGCGCGCCACUUGGCUGGCACACCGGCUUCGUUAGGAUACGUAACAUCUGGAUCACGGCUCCUUCCUGACCGAAGGGAAGCCCGGGACGCUGCUCCUCCUCA